AACUACGAAGACAGGUUCCCUGAAGAUCCCAUGUAUGAAGAGACGGUGCCCAAUGCCCGAGUAUGGAGAACAUGCCAGGAGGAAAGCGCGGUCCACGAUGCGAACAUGGUUGAAGAGUUUCGGGAUAAUGUCGACGUUCUCCUAGUAUUUGCGGGUCUUUUCUCGGCGGUCGUCACGACCUUUGUCGUCCAGACGUCCCAGAGCCUGCAAGCUGAUUAUGCUAAGGCCUCGGCGUCUAUCCUAUUCGAAUUGCUUCUCGUUCAACGUGCGAUCGCCAACGGCUCUUCCGUUGACACAAUCCCGGUUUCUUCCCUCAAUCCUCAGACCACACUUGUACCUUCAGCUACAGAUGUCUGGGUGAACGGAUUGUGGAUCACCAGCCUAUUUCUCAGCUUGACGACAGCAUUGGUAGCCGUUCUCGUGAAACAGUGGCUGCAUCAUUACAUUGUCCUUCCCUCUGGAACUCCGCGUGACCGGUGCUUUGUUCGACAGUACCGGUAUAUGGGAUUCCAGAAGUGGCAUGUCGGGGUCAUCGUUGGCCUGCUUCCCGUUCUCAUGCACCUGGCUCUAGCGCUGUUCUUCAUUGGAUUAUCACUGUUCCUCCAUCCCCUU